UUUUCGGGUUUGAUUUUAUCCAAAAGGCGCGUUGGGCAAAUCUAACCUCACAAAACGAGUCUUGUGUGUGUUGGAGAAACAUCAUCAAAUCAAGUGUUUUUCCAGAGUUUUGCAGAUUUAACAUGGAAAAUGAGUCAACGCCUGCAGGUUGUCUUGGAAGAGGAGGAAGACGUGGAGAGACCUUCUUGCCUUCACGGACCAGCAAUAUUGUUCCGGGAGAGAGAAGUGGAAUUCUUCGCUUGUCCUCAAUAUCGGGAUAGAUUGAUAUGUGGAUUCCGGAUGAACAGGGCAGAAUGGCAAGCGACUGACAAGGAGCAAUUGAAGCGGAUUAACAUUCGCACUGAGGAAGGCGUGAGAAAACAGCCCGAAGAGAUGAAGAACAAGAAACACUUCUGCAAAACUUGUGGACUGUUCCUCAGAGGCGAUGAAACUGCGCACUCAAGACAUGAAGUCAUGAGGAAAUUGUCACCCAAGGAUGUUAGGAGUAUCGAGCAGUGUCCAUCGAGAUUCCUGGCGCUGAAGGAAGACGACAAAGGCGAGGCGCAGUACAUCUUUUCAGAGAAGACAGAAUUAUUCUUCACGAAUCUCUUGCAUCAGAUGCACUUCACGAAAAUCCUCUGCAUUGGAGCACCUUCCAUUCAUGCUGCUCUGUGUAAAAGAGAGGACAUUCAGAGCUUCCUGCUGGACAUUGAUGAGAGAUACGGGAAUUUCUACAGCCAGGAAACCUUUGCCAAGUUCAACAUGUUUAAUUUCUACUUCUUCGAGAAUGCAAGCAGUGCGGAACAGUUGGAGAAAUUCCUCAAGCUUGAUGAGGAAGACAGAGUGGCGAUCUUCCUGGAUCCUCCCUUUGGAUGUCGAACAGAGCUCUUGGGCCAGACUUUGAGGAAGAUUCAGGAAAUGUGCGGAAUCCAGUUUCACAUCUUGACGAUCUUCCUCAUUCUCCCGUACUUCAUGGAGACUUACGUGACGAACGAAAUGCCACAACUCGAGAUGAUGGACUACAGGGUGAAUUACGAAAAUCACGCCAGCUUCCAGGAUGGCGGCGGAAGAUUUGGAUCUCCUGUGAGGAUUUUCACGAACGCCUUGCCUUCGCUGAUGAAGUUGCCAACGGAAGAAGGCUACCGAGAGUGCGGGAUUUGCUGUCGUUGGGUUGGAGAGUGGAAUUCCCAUUGCUCCAUCUGCCAGAAGUGUCCGUCGAAGAAUGGCGGCUCGUACAGACACUGCGACAAGUGUGGUUUGUGCGUGAAAGACUUCUACAAGCACUGCAACACUUGCAAUCGCUGCACUCAAGCUUCUGGUCACAAGUGUGCGGAAUACGCGAAGAACGCCUCGUGCUGGAUCUGCCGCGAGAGAGGACACCUGGAAAAAAGCUGCCCAAGGCGCAAAAGGAAGGCAAAAAUCAGCUCUCAUCGCGUGUGCGGCAUUUGCCUGAGGAAGAAUCACAGCGAGUUGCUGUGCAAGCGCAGGAAAACACUCGGCUUGAGUCAAUAG